AUGACUGUGGAACUGGUCUGUACUGACGUCGAUGGUACCAUAGUAGCGACUGUCUACCCGAAAACGGAGAUAUCUCAAAGGACUUUAGAUGCCAUAAAAAGUGUCUGUGACCAAGGCAUCAAGUUCAUUAUAGCAUCCGGACGACCCCUGAGGACAAUGCUACCGGUAGCUGAACAACUGGAUUACAAUGGCAUCAUGAUUUGUCUCAACGGUGCGCUGGUAUAUGACUACCAAAAGAAAAUGGAGCUUUAUUCCAUCUCUAUGACUCCUAGCACGGUCACUGAGUUGAUCAUUGACAGUAUUCGAAUCUUUGGCUCCCAUGUCGGAUUUGGGAUAGAAUCUGGAAAUACCUUUCUCUGUGACAAGAAAUACUUUUCCUUACGAGAGCUUUACAUCAACCACGAAUACCGUCUAUUUGAUAAUCCUGUUGAAAUGUCAAAAGCAAUAGAAAAAGCUGAAAAACUCAUCAUCAUACACGAAAACCUUUCUUCAGCUAAAUUAUAUCCACAACUUUUGGAUCAUUUUGGAGACUCUCAAUGGCAAAGCAAAAUUCGUAUUUCCUUAGGUCAUCCACGGUUCAUCGACAUAAGCGCAGCUGGAGUGACAAAAGGUGUGGCAUUGAAGAAAAUGUGUGAAGGUUUGAACAUCCUACCGGAAAAUGUCGUUUCAUUUGGAAAUAUGCUUAACGACACGGAGAUGCUUCACUAUGCUGGUAGAGGAAUUGCAGUCGCCGAUGCUCAUCCACAACUUCUAGAUAAAGCGGAUGAAAUUACAGAUACUUGUGAGAAUGAUGGUGUCGCUAUGGUUCUUGAAAGUAUUUUAAGAUAA